AUAGCAGCAAAAUCCGAAAGCUGCGUUCGUGGUUAAAACCAAAACAAAAAAGAACAACAAUACCAAAUAUAUGAAAAUAUCAUACCAGUAAAGAGACGAAAUUCUCACCGCAACUUGCCGGUAAAAAGUGCGAAUAAGAAAAUUGGAUAUACAAUUAUUUGUGCGCGGAUGUAAAAACAGAAUGCAAAGUGUGAGACUCAAACAAACUUUGUAAUUGGUGAAUUAAUAAGCCGAAGCUCCACAAAUGAGGCGGAUCACUUUUUGAUGGAAGCCUCCGGAACGAGGAUAAUAACCCGCCCCAGGGAACCAGCCCCAACGGCCACAUGAUCGCUACAAUGUUCACGUAAUGAAAACGAAGCUCGAAAAGUUGUCGUGCCGUCGCUGAGCAGAAAAACUGCCCAGGAAAACGCCAAAAAUAAAAAUAGGCAAGGGAAAAUGAAGUCUGUCAUUUUAUAUCCAUAUGGACCGCUAACCGGCGGCACACGCUGCUGUCGCAUGUUGCAUGCCAAAAAUUUGGCCAUAACAAGUGCAAUUUACACAAUUAAUAUAUCACUAUUAAUCGUGCUGAUAUACUCGUGGCGCAUAAGUGUCAAUAUGCAUAAGUCGGCCGAUCUGCAGGAUGUCUACUACGGUGUACAAAUAGCAUAUUUUGCCAUAAUCGGCACACAAAUGUCCAUGAUACUGUUGAGCAUUGUGUUAAUAUUUGGAAUAUGUCGGGAGAACCCAGGACUAAUUGUACCCUGGAUAAUUGGCUAUAUAACAUUUAUGGCCCUGGAAGCCGUCGCCAUGGUCUACUCCAAUGUCCUGCGCGACCAUGUAAAUAAGCAAUUCGACGCAAUGUGCAAGGCCGAGGUGGCAUUCUUUAUUGCUCGUGCGCUGAUAAAUGUGCUGGCCAUGUGGGGAGUGCUUCGCUUCUACAACUUGGUUCGCUCAGGAAUCACAUGGCGCGGACCAGAGGCCAAAACAGCCAUUAUUGCGCCGAUGUACAAGAGUGUUAGUACCAACAAGCCGCACACCUACAGCUACAGCAAGCGGUCAAGACGCCGCCAGAGCAUCGAUUCGACUUCCGGCGGAUGCUGCGCCAUCUUCGACUUCGAUUUCGAGUACGACGAUGAUAACGACGACGACGACGAUGAGGCGGCCUACGGCGAUGGUCUGGAUACGGAGGAUGAGGUGGGCUACGACUACGAUGAUUACUACGAUUACUACGACGACGACGAACUGACGGAGCAGCAGCACUUGGGGCUGCAACAGGACGAUGGCGACUGUAGCAUGCUAGGCGCUGGCAGGGCAAACAGAUCGCGCUCCAAGCCGAGAUCCGCGGUGGUCAAGGUCAAGGGUCAGCGGAGCGGAAGUCGCCGCACCAACAACAAUAUCCGCAGCGUUCUGAUCAACAAGAGGCACAACAAGUACAAAAUCGCUCGACCCCAAACGCAACUGGAGGUCAUCAACGAGUCGGAGAAGAGCGCGGGGAGCGGCAGCGAUGAGAAUGACUCACUUUUGGUGGCCUUUGACAGCAGUUCGUCGCUGGCGUCAGUUUGA